UUCAUUCUCUCUAUUUUUUGUGGUAUUUCUUGGAGAAAUGUGGCAAAUGUGUUGCCUCUAGAUGUUUUGUUACGGCCCUUCCUUGGACUUUGAAACUUUAUAAAGCUCUGUAGAAGAAGUUGACGGGGAAUUUUAUGUUGUUUGGUUCUUGAAAUUGGUAACAAAAAUCGAUUUUAUCUGGGCAUUACUUUAUGGUAAUAAUCAUGGAGCGGCUGAAAUCUUCUCCUCCACUCAUGAUCGUCUCGGAUCUUGAUCAUACCAUGGUUGAUCAUCAAGACUCUGAGAACCUCUCUCUUCUGAGGUUCAAUUCAUUGUGGGAAUACGCUUAUCGCCGUGACUCUCUUCUUGUCUUCUCAACUGCAAGAUCACCGAUUCUUUACAAAGAAUUGAGAAAAGAGAAACCCUUGUUGACUCCUGAUAUCAUCAUUACAUCAAUAGGAACCGAGAUAGCAUGUGGUAACUCCAUGGUUCCUGACCAUGCUUGGGUUGAAUCCUUGAACAGCGAUAAAUGGAACCGAGAGAUAGUCUUAGAAGAAACCAGCAAGUUCCCUGAGUUAACUCUUCAGCCGAAAACUGAGCAGAGGCUACACAAGGUCAGCUUUUACAUUGAUGAAGGUAAAGGUGAGGCAGUGACCAAGGAACUUUCACAAUUGCUGGAGAAACGUGGCUUAGAUGUCAAGAUAAUUCACAGUUGGGGAAAGAAUGUGGAUGUUAUACCACGAGCUGCAGGAAAAGGAGAGGCCCUCGAGUAUCUUCUCAAGAAGCUGAAUGCUCAAGGAAUAUUCCCUGUCAAUACUCUUGCUUGCGGCGACUCUGAACACGAUGCUGAACUAUUUAGCAUUCCUGAUGUUCACGGUGUCAUGGUGAGCAAUUCCCAAGAAGAGCUAUUGAAGUGGCAUUCUGAAAAUGCUUUCGACAACUCAAAGGUUAUACAUUCAAGCGAGAGAUGUGCGGAUGGGAUUAUUCAAGCUAUUGAUCAUUUUAAGCUUGGACCAACUCUUUCUCCAAGAGAUGCUUCUGAAUUCUUGAGUCGGAAAACGGAUGUUGCGAAUCCUGGUCAAGAAGCUGUGAGAUUUUACUUGUUUUACGAGAGACUGAGGCGCGGUGAGAUCAAGAAGUAUGAGUCAUACAUAGACAGCUUCAAAGAGUCAUGUCACCAAGCUGCUGUCUUUUUACAUCCAUCAGGUGCAGAGAAAUCUCUGAGAGACACCAUUGAUGAGAUGAGGAAGUAUCAUGGAGACAAAAAAGGGAAGAAGUUUUGUGUUUGGGUAGAUCAGGUUCUGGUAAUAGACACCAUUCCUGGGAAAUGGAUAGUGAACUUUGAUAAGUGGGAGCAAUGCGGGGAUGAGCGUAAAUGCUGCACAACAACUCUCGAAUUCACUUCAAAGGGAGAAGAGUUGGUGUGGGAAAAGGUGAAGCAGAUAUGGUCGGAGGAAUCAGAGGUGAAGGAUGAUGAUAACACUUCCUGGAUUAUCUGAAAUCUUGGAGACUCUUGUGAUAAACAGUCUCCGGGAUUUGUCUUCCCUUUCCCCAUAUAGGAUUUUUUGUAAGUUUUUGAAUUUGUCUUUUCAUAAGCUUAAAGAAAAUAAUUUGAGAUUGGGCAUAGGUUUAAGGGAAAAAAAAUAAAAACUCUGAGGGCCCAACCGGGUUCGAACCGGUGACCUCUUGAUCUGCAGUCAAAUGCUCUACCACUGAGCUAUGGACCCAUUGGUGAUCUGCAUGGCUAUUUACAAAAAGUUAAC